AUGGCCACCCCCGCUUCGUCCGCCUACGCCUUCCACCAUCGCUUUGAUGCGGUCCCGGACCAGCAGGCCUCCAAGUCAGACCAACCCUCUUCCACCGCUCCGAAUGGCGCAGAUCACUUUGAGUAUCCUGAUCUGGACGCCGGUCAGUUUUACUCGUCCGCCGCAACUCACACCGCUCCCGCGCCUGCCCCUUCCAAGCUCCCCGAAUUCCCCGAAUUCAAGGGCUUCGACUCCAAGACUGACUUGUUUUCCAAUAACACCGACUUGUUCAGCCAAUACGCGCCGCAACCCAAGGCCACUGCCACUGCCACUGCCGCUGCCGCUGCCUUGAUCGAACCUCAAUCCGCCCAGCUCGAAGCAGCAGGCUCUGAACCAAACCAGCUUUCUUCGACGUCUACACCAUCAUCGCCCCACCAAGCCUCCACACUACCCACAACACCUCCACCUCAGCAGCCGCAACAACCUCCUGCAUCCCGACCUCCUCAAGAAGCGGCCAUCGCUGCUGUCAAUGACAAUCUCGAGCAGCAGCAGCAGCAGCAGCCGCCAGAGCCGCAGCAACCCUACCAGCCACAGCUCGAGCGUCACUUCUCGUCUGCCAGCUCCUAUGUCCAACGUCCGUCUCUGCAUACCACCAACCCCGACUCGCAAGCACCCUCGCACUAUUCGCAUCCCAGCCCGCUUCCUAAGCCUCCCUCUCUGCCCAACUCGCCGCCAACGCAGCAUUCCGCUCCGAACGGAGCCUCACACCCACAAGCAACCUCUCCUCGUUCUCCUCCAGUGACUGCCUUUGCCUUUGCCUCCCAGCCCGCCUCAGAUCCCACAUCCGCACAUUCGCACAAUGCCUCUCCUCCAAAGCCGUUCCCACAGCCCUCUGCCGAAGCGCUCUCUCUGGCUGACCUUCAAAUCAACGACCAAGAGCGAGCCACCCAUCAGCAGCCUCCUCCCCAGCCUGCCACCCACCGUGACGAGAAUGGCGAUCGAGCACGUCCAAGCAGCUUUUUCGGCAUGCAGCGCCCUGCUGCAGCGCUCAACGCCGCCGGUCAGCAUGUGCCCGUCCCUGCUAGCAUGCUCGCCGACGAUGACGGUUUCUACCAGGACCACCAACAUCUCAACCAACCCAAUGCUCCUGCUCAACCUCAGCAACGCAUCCCGCACGAUCAAGGCCCUCGUCCCUCGUCUUUCUUUGGCCUCGACGCUGACUCGCCAUCCAGCAUCACCCCGGAACCGGCGUCCAUACCUACCCCGACAAGCGAGCCAAUCAUGCCUGGUCCACGCAGCUCUUCGUUUCUCCGCGCAGAGUCGGUGCCACGCGGCAUCUCCACCGCUGCUGGUGGCACCGGCAACGCACCUAUGCCCGCCUCGGGCGGUUACGGCGGUCUUGGCCCUGCAGGAGCCACGCGUCCUGCCAGCAUUGCUCCGUCGGUAGCCAGCGGUCCUUUGCUCGAUCAUAGUCAUCUCAAGGUUGGCCAAAAGGCAUCCUUGCUCAGUCACGGCAAGACGCUCGAGCUCUAUCGUCAAAACGCAAAGAAGACCAACGAUCCCAAUCUCAUCUACGAACUCGCCGUAUUCAUGGUUGAUGCUGCCAAGACCAUGGGCACCGAAGACGAAGGCGCCAGCCCCGCCACCGCUGUCAACGGCCCCAACAAGGUCGAAGCUCAAAAGGAGGAACUCAUGAAGGAGGCCACUGGCUUGCUCAAGAAGAUUGCCGAUCGUGGCCAUCCCGAUGCCCAGUACUUUUUGGCCGACUGCUACGCAAAUGGCAUUGGUACACGUACGGGCAAGCAAGACUUUGGUUCGGCUUAUACCUACUUUGUCCUCGCCGCCAAGCACGGCCAUCCCGAUGCUGCCUACCGCGCCGGCACCUGUUACGAAAAAGGCUGGGGCUGCCGCAAGGACACAGGCAAGGCUCUCCAGUUCUAUCGCAAAUCAGCCGCUCAAAGUCAUCCAGGCGCCAUGUAUCGCCUCGCUACCGCCGAGCUCAACGGCGAGCUCGGGCUCAAGAAGAACGCCAAAGAGGGUGUCAAGUGGCUCAAGCGCUCCGCCGAAGCUGCUACACCCGAGUUUCCUCACGCGCUUCACGAGCUUGCGCUGCUCCACGAGCGUGGCAUUGACAAUGUGCUGUUUGUCGACCCAGAGUACAGUUGCGAGCUGCUCGCCCAGGCGGGAGAGAUGGGCUAUGCACCCAGCGCCUACAAACUCGGCGUCAAUUACGAGUACGGCCGCAUGGGUUGUCCGCAGGACGGUGGUCUUAGCAUCCACAUGUACAACAUUGCCGCGCAGCAGAACCACAAGGAGGCCUGCUUUGCGCUUACAGCCUGGUACCUCGUCGGUGCUCCAGGCAUCCUGCCGCAAUCAGACACCGAGGCUUACCUCUGGGCCAAGAAGGCUGCCGAGCAGGGUCUCGCCAAGGCUGAAUACGCCGUCGGCUACUUUACAGAGAUGGGUAUCGGCACUGUCAAAGACAUUGGUGAAGCGCGAGCGUGGUACAAGAGAGCUGCAGAUCAUGGGGACAAGCGCGCCAACCAGCGAAUCGCUGCAUUGCAAGGUCGCGGCGGCCCCACCAGCCUUGCCGGUGUCGGCGCUGGUGCACAGCUGCCUGCCAUGAAUCGACAACAGCAGCGAAUGGAGCAGAGACAGGAGCAACGCGAGAGCAUGCACGAGUUUGGGCGGCGCGCCCAGCCUACUUCGGCACCUUUUCCCGCCAGCGUCACACAGAGCUCCAUGACGCCCAGCACGCAGAUGAGCUACCCAUCGCCGCUCGCCAUGCGAGAAGCUCAAACGCAGCAGCGUGAGCAGCAGUACUUGGCCAACGUGGCUGCUAACGAGCGCGCACAGGCGCGUGCCAUUCUGCGACACUCGCCCUCGCAGCCGGACAUGGGCUCGCCCAUUUCUGCUGGCGCCUCGCCCGUCAUUCCCUUGCCCCGUUCAACGCCCUUUGCGCAACAACAACCGCCGCAUCCACAGCAACCGCAUCAGCAGCAGCCACCGCCACAGGCGUACCCAUCGUACCCCAUGAGUGCUAGUACAGCUCCUCCUGCGCCAACUAUGAACGGACACAUGCAGCAGCAACAUAAUCCCAUGUUUCCUCCUACCGCAGGCCACGCUGCUCGACCUGGCGUUGGAUCGCCACCUGGUCCGUCUGGACCCGGCUAUGGACCUGGAUUGGCCUACGGAGGGCCUAACCCUGCCUCUGUAGCAGCAGCAGCAGCAGGUGCUCCUCCUGGGCCUCAAAUGCCUUCUCCUGCCGGCUUCAGCAAAGACGACGACAAGAAAAAGAAGAAGGGUUGGUUUGGCAGGUCGUAA